CUUACUCAGCCGCGCUUCAGGGAGGGAGCCCCAGACGGGCAGCCCCAGGGCCCGCUGAGUGGGUCUGCGGAGGCCACAAACCAGUUUCCGCAUCCCCGCGACACCCGCUUGAGGUGCGGAGCUGCCGACCAAUCACAGCCAGGAGCCGCCCGUGGCUGAGGGGCCGCCCGGCCCAUCCUUCCGCCCUCCCGCCUGCGCACAGCGCCACCCGACCGGUAGGAGGCGGUCUCGACCAGCCGGGGAGUUCCGUGCCUCGCCGCGUCUCGCUCCGUGUCUCCACAGCCCUCGCCACAGCCCUCGCCACCGCCGACAUGGUGGAAGCCGACCGUCCAGGGAAGCUCUUCAUCGGAGGCCUCAACCUCGAAACCGACGAGAAAGCCCUCGAGGCGGCGUUCGGCAAGUAUGGCCGCAUCAUCGAGGUGCUCCUGAUGAAGGACAGGGAAACCUCCAAGUCCAGAGGCUUCGCCUUCGUCACCUUCGAGAACCCCGCGGACGCCAAGGCCGCCUCCCGAGACAUGAAUGGCAAGUCCCUGGAUGGUAAGGCCAUCAAGGUGGCCCAGGCCACCAAGCCGGUGUUCGAGAGCAGCCGGCGCGACCCGUACCUGGGCCCGCGCGACGAGGGCUACUCGCCCCGGGAGAGCUACUCGAGCCGCGACUACCCGAGCGCCCGGGACCCGCGCGACUUCGCGCCCUCGCCGCGCGACUACACCUACCGCGACUACGGCCACUCGAGCGCGCGCGACGAAUGCCCUUCCCGGGGCUACUGCGAGCGCGACGGCUACGGGGCCCGCGAGCGCGACUACGCCGAGCACCCUAGCGGAGGCUCCUACCGAGACCCCUUCGACGGCUACGGCGACCCGCGCGGCGCCGGCCCUGCCCGCGGCCCGCCGCCAUCUUACGGCGGAGGCCGCUACGAAGAGUACCGCGGCUGCUCGCCCGACGGCUACGGCGGCCGCGACAGCUACCGCAGCGAGCGCUACUCGAGCGGCCGCGAGCGCGUGGGCAGGCCGGAGCGCGGGCUGCCGCCGUCUGUGGAACGAAGCUGCCCGACCCCGCGCGACUCCUACAGCCGCUCGGGCCGCCGGGCGCCCCCCCGGGGAGGAGGCCGAGUGGGAAGCCGCCUGGAGCGAGGGGGAGGUCGGAGCAGGUACUGAGGCCGCUGGGGCUCAGGACUCACGUCCGAAGUCAAGAAAAGAAGAAAUCAGUUUCCUGGUAACUCACCCAAGGACUAGUGCUAAGAAGAGUUGUUUUUCUUAUUUUUUACCGUUUUAAGAUUUUUGCACCCCUGUUAACUUCCUCUGCAUUUUUAUGCUUUUGAGAGGCAAAAAAAAAAAAAAAAAAGUUAAAACCCGUUUAAUUUCAUUUUGGAAUUGUUAAACGUUUCAACAAGCUCGUGUUAAAAGUAUGACUUGAA